AUGGCUCCUCAUGUCUUAAAGUUUGUGUACAUGGCAAGAUUGUUGGCUGCCACACUACCUCAUCGGUACAUGUAUCCCUUUAUCGAUGCUUGUAUGCCUCUGUAUGAUUUGUGUCUCGUUGUGUUGUUAGACAAGCAGCCCCCACAAACUCGUUACUAUCUGCUCAUGUAUGCUGCAUUGCUGGCAGAUCAAUGUACUGUAGAAUCAACGUAUUGUGGAUUCGAGGAAUCGAAAAGGGCAAGAUCUUAUGGGGAUUUUGGCAUUCGAAUAAACUCUCUCGGAUCGGUGCAGCAGCGGGAAAGAGGUCUUUUUAUGGUAUUGUCGACCGUAAUAAAAAUGGCCGUUGAAAGUCGAUGA